CAGCGCUCGGUGCCUGCACGUGUAGUUCAACUCUUUGAGUGAAUAUGCAUUCGACCAGUGGUGAGAGGUUUCAUGGAAGGAAAACCCCAACUGGACGCAAACCACGACUGAAGACGAGGGAACAGCAACAAGUGAACCAGCCCGAGGACUGAGAGCACCGACUGGAGAGGACCCAUCUGACUCGGAGAUUCCAGUGAUUCAGUCAGGAGAAAGUUUGGUUAAAAAUGAGAAGGAAUUUGUCUCCAGGAAUCUCAAACUUGGCAUGCCAGUUUUGCUGUUUCUGUCUAGAUAUUUAAGAAGUGGAGCAAGGGAUUCAAUCGACCAUCCUUCCUACUCAGACUGUGGGGAGGGAUUCACUCGGUCAUUUGACCAACUUGCAUGCCCGUCAUUUUACACAGGAGAAAGGCCGUUCACCUGCUCAGACAGUGGGAAUGGAUUCACUUGGUUAUCACAAUUGAAUGUACAUCAGCAAGCUCACACUGGGCAAGGCCAAUCACCUGUUCUGUGUGUGAGAAGGGAUUCAGUCGGUCAUCCCACCUGUGGACACACCAGUCAGUUCACACCGGGCAGGGGCUGGUCAUCUGCUGAAUUUGUGGGGAAAGGUUCACUCGGUCAUCUGAUCUAAUGGCUCACCAGCGAGUUCACACGAGGGAGCGGCCGUUCACCUGCUCAGUCUGUGAGAAGAGAUUCACUCACUCUUCCACCUUGUGGAAACACCAGCGAGUUCACACUGGGGAGAAGCCGUACAUCUGCUCAAUCUGUGGGAAGAGAUUCACUGAGUCAUCCACCCUACUGGUACAUCAGCGAGUUCACACUGGGGAGAAGCCAUUCACCUGCUCAGUCUGUGGGAAGAGAUUCACUCAGUUAACCCACCUACAGAGUCAUCAGCGAGUUCACACUGGGGAGAGGCCAUUCACCUGCUCAGAAUGUGGGAAAGGAUUCACUGAGUUAUCCAGCCUACAGAGACAUCAGCGAGUUCACACUGGGGAGAAGCCGUUCACCUGCUCAGAAUGUGGGAAGAGAUUCACUCAGUCAUCCACCCUACAGAGUCACCAGCGAGUUCACACUGGGGAGAGGCCGUUCAACUGCUCAGAAUGUGGGAAGAGAUUCACUCGCUCUUCCAGCCUACAGAGACAUCGGCAAGUUCACACCGGGGAGAAGCCGUUCAUCUGCUGAGAAUGUGGGACAGGAUUCACUCAGUCAUCCCAACUGCUGGUACACCAGUCGGAUCACAAUGAGGAGUGGCCAUUGUUAUGAAUCUCUAGGUUUCGUUUGCUGUGGACUAUCAUUUUAAGAGAGAGAAAUGAAGAAGAUGAAUCAGUCUGACUUGCAGCUAUUUUACAUUGCUCGCAGCUUGUUUAGUUUAACCGAGGACAUAGACACUCAGAGUCAGAUGGGGAUGAAGGAGGAAAAAUGGAAGGAUCGAACCCAGGGAACUAGUGGA